UGAUAUAAUUUAGGUGGACAUCUCUUUGGGUCUGAUGAGUCGGUGACCCGUUUUGUUUUUACGAAGGUGUCUGUCUGAAGCGCGAGGCUUGGGCUGGGCUGACGCUCUUUACUCCACCUCGCGGCGGCCACAACCCUGCAUUGCGAUGCUGUUCUGCCGCUCCGUCUCCUCAUCCACUCAGUGACGCUGUCAUCAUGGAGGAAGAACAGUUACCUGCUCCGGAGUGAAGACGACAACCAUACAAACGCGAGGCCACCACCGGCGGCAAUCUAUUGCGUCUUUUUAAGGCUCCUCUCAUUUCUUAUUUCCUGAAUACAUUGGCCAUUGUCCGUGUUUCAUUUCUAAAGAAACGAUAAGGAACUCGACAAAACCAUAAAAAUGAAGCAUUUUUUGAGGGUGGUGACACAGUUCUUUGUGUUCCUGUACUGUAAAUGUCUGUGGCGAGGCCUGAAGUUUGUGAUCAGGAAGGUCACGGGGAGGUGCGAACUGCAACGGAUCUGCCACAGCAACAAGCCAGGGGCCCGAAGGACCCUUAAGAUCGAGUCUUCCCUCAGGUACUCAAAGCAUGAGCUGUGCCAGUCUGCCCUCAGUGCUCACCCAGACCGAGUGGAGAAGACCAUCGAUGACAUCAUGACCCUGAAGAAGGUCAACCCUGACACUAACCCACAGCUAGGCAUCUCCCUCCAGGCCAGUCUGUUCCAGAUCGUCGGCUACCGUAGUCUGGUGGCGGAGGUGGAGAAGCUACGCAGGGAGCCGUACGACUGUGAGAACCCCGACCAUGAGGAGAUGUUGAUGAAGCUGUGGAAGACACUGCGUCCUGAUUCACCACUCACUGGGCGGAUCUCCAAGCAGUGGUGUGAGAUCGGUUUCCAAGGCAAUGACCCCAAGACUGACUUCAGGGGCAUGGGUCUACUGGGCCUACACAAUCUUCUAUAUUUUGCUGAGCAUGACAAGGCCACCGCUCUCCAGGUGCUUCAUGACUCCUUGCAGCCGAAACACAGGAGCAUUCCCAAAGAGGCAAGCAAAAUGAGCAAAGCAGAAUGGGAACAGAAAAACUUUGAUAAAGCAAUUGGAUACUCCUUUGCCAUCGUGGGCAUCAACAUCACGGAUCUGGCCUACUCUCUGCUGGUGAGCGGAGCCCUGAAGACCCACCUGUACAACGUAGCCCCGGAGAUGCCCAGCCUCAGCCACUUCCAGCAGACCUUCUGUUACCUAAUGCAGGAGUUCCAUCGGUUCUGGAUCGAGGAGGACCCCUGUGACAUCAUGGAGUUCAACCGUGUGCGUUCCAAGUUCCACCGGCGGGUGCUGCGGCAGCUCAAGAACCCCGACAUGGCGCUGUGCCCCCACUUCGCCGCCUCCGAUCUCCACCUGGUCAACCUGUAAAUACACUCCCCCUGACUUCUAACCCCUGACCCUAUACCCCUAUUCCUCAACCCCACCCUCCGUCCUCCCAGCUACAUCACGUCACUGCCAACCACUCACCCCGCCAGCGCUCACACACAUGCUCACACCCUCCCCUCCACGCCCUGCCUCUAACCCCCACAGCGACUUCAGAACCACCAGCACCACUAGAUGACCAUGGCGAUUGUAGGGGUGCAUGAUGAGGCUGCACCACAUAGUCAUUCACUGACUCAUUGUUAUUCCUUGCUUUAAUGAUUUGUGAUUGUACAACAGCCAUCCAUUGCUGGUUAUGUAUUGCUAUUAUUAUGCAUUUUUAAAGAAAUAGUUUACCCAAAUUACAAAAUGAAUAUGCACUUUGGGUGAACUAUCCCUUUAAUUGAAUCAUCAUGGAACAAGUGCUUUGUUUUCUCCAGUCCGUUAGCCCUUUGAAUACAUCUCAUUGUGAUGAAUGUUCGGCUGUGACACCAAAAAUAUUUGAGUCCAUUUAAGGAGACAGUGCUUCCUCUUUACCAUUAGACAGGGCAAUAACAGUAGGCCUAAGCUGUGCUGUCAGACUGUCUGAAGUCACAAACUGAAAAGGCUUCAUAAGCUUCCUAUUCUUAUGUAGGGAAUUGUACAAGAGCUAUGUACUUAUUCUAUAUUUGGCUCUGUAGUGUAGUGUAGUGUACUGUACUGUAUAAGGAAGUCAGAGUUACUAUCUAGUCCUAUGUUGCCUGCCUUAUUUAAGGUGGGAAGCAGCAAGGCUUUGUGUUGCAAUGUGCAGACAGAACAUUCUAUCGGUUGAGGAGGGGUAUAUGAAGGAAAUGAAAGUAGGCUACUAAAAGAAGAUUGCUUAAUGAUACAUGAGCUGGAAAAAAAGGGCCUAUGCACUAUAUAGGACUGGAUUCAUUUACAGUCAAAACCAAUCAAGAGAGAUAGCAGACAUUCAUUCAUCCAAUUAAAUCACUCGCAGCCAUCAUCUCAGCAAGGCCGUUUCUUUUCUAAAUCAUUUGUCCAAUAUUUAUCAAUUUAAUUUAAUUUCACAUUUGAGGUCAAAUGCAUGAUCAGAACACUUCACAAGAGCAUAAUUCUUAUUGCCAAAAUGUAGACUAAUGUGGACAAUUCACAUGAAUCAGAAUAGCAGUUUGAAGAAAUGGUCAUUUAUUUUAUGAAUGUUAUUCAGCUAUGUCCAUGAUUGUUUGAUUUGUAAAUCUUUAUUCAACUAUGUCCACGAUUGUUUUAUUUGUAAAUAUUUUUAGAUAUAUUGAAUGUGACACAUUAAAUGUUCACUGAAUUAGUAAAUCAAUUAUUUACAUUCUCCCCAUGAAACGUACAUAUGACUUUGGGUGUUUUCAUACUUGGUCCCUUUCAGACAAUUUUUGUGAACUCAGUGCGGCUUUCUUAUUUUUCCAAAGGAACUCAGACCCCUCAAAAGAGCUCCCGAAGUGAACCAAUCUCGAGGGGUGGUCUGAGUUCAGGUUCCCUUGAAUUUCGUGGUCCUAUUCCCUUUUUUAGGGCAAUGUGAGCACAAAGCUCCACAGGUUCACUUGUCAUUAUUCCCGUACGACACACUAGACUACUGCAACACCGUUUCUUCUGCCAUAACCCCUCACAUUGGUAUCACAAAAGAGAGAAGAUGAUGUGCUGGGACGUAUUCAUUCCACUCAUUCUGUUGCAAACGUUUCUUAAACAGAAGUAGAUGGAAUGAAAAUGGAGAGGAACCUACCUGAAUUUGUCCAAUACAAAAAUGUGUUUUAGGUUGACUGUUUGGCUAAUGAUUCACUCACUGAAAAUACCUGUGCUGUUUUUGGAUAAAGAUUAGUGAUUGUCAAGGAUGCACAGAAAUUCCAAAAUAUGUGAGUUUUUAAUUCAGAUUAUUUGUUUGCAAUAUGUGAUCUAUAGACUAAGCGAGCUUCAUAAACUAUUUAUUCAAUUGUGCAGUAAGACACUACAAUAUGUAACUUUUUGGGCGACCUGACCAAAUUCACAUAGAAAUGUUAAAAAGUUAAAAAUGAAUUCCCGUUGAAAGCAAGUCUACGAAGCUGUAGAUGAGUGCUGUUUCUAUGCUACCUGUUCUGAUGUUUCGUUUUUGCGUAGUUUUGUACACCAGCGAAUUCUGCAUAGUGCAUCUUUAAAUAGUGUGAAAAGACAACAUAUUUGGUGACAAUCACAACACGGAGUGCAAAAUAAAUGAUAUCUCUGAAAGGGCCAGUAGCCUACAUUGGGUGUACUACACUACACUACAUUGGGUGUACUACACUACACUACAUUGGGUGUACAAUUUUCAAUUACAGCAUUAUUUCAUCUCCAGAUAUUUGUCUGCUAUUUAUUAUGUUACCAAUAGUAAUUACAUGUUAAUAGUAUCUUCUGAUUACAAUUAUAUCUCAUCUUUUAACUAAAUGCAAUUUAUUAGCUACCAAAAUGUAAGUAGGUAUAUCUAGCUGUCCGAUAACACACGCUGAUGGAAUGUCCCGCACUUUGUAAAAACCCAGAGUGAAUUGAGAGAAUGUUGGAAAAAUAAUGGUUCCUUUCUAAACAUAGAAAUAUGAAUGCAAAGAGGACUUGAACCACAAAAUGGGUGAAGUGAACUGGCAAAAGAGUUGAGUCCUCAUUCAAAGGCAAAGGCAGCAUGAACACAAAGAAAAUUGGGUUAUUUAGCUAUUUUUUAUCUUCACUUUAAAAGAGGACUGAGAUUAGUUAUUUUAAAAAGGCCCAUGUGAAAACACCCUUAGUUGUUACUGUAGGCUAAAAUCUGGUUUGCAACAGUUCUGCCUGUUGUUUUACUCACUGUAUGGCACAAUCAAUUAAAAGUAAAAGACAAUUUAAUGUAACCAAUGAUUUUGGAAGGAAGCGUGAUCACAAGCGUUAUUCCCCAUAGAAUGAGCUGUGUCGAGUGACUGACUAAAGCUUACACCAAUGCCUCCAAACUGAAUUGACAUUUUGCUGUGUUUUUUUUGUUACAGUGACUAAUUUAAAUGACAGUGACUGGAAUAUUAUUCCAGGUGUGCAUGUUUUGUACUUUUCCAUUCUACUUCUUUUGAACGAAGUAAAGACCACUAAUUUCUAAUGGUUAAUUAAAGGGACAUUUUACACAAUACAUGAACGUUUGUCAGAUGUUUUCAGACCUCAACUACGUUGUGAGAUGUAGUGAAAUCAGACUACUUUUGAGGUCUGAAAACAUCUGCCAAACUUUGAUCUGAAAGUGUAAUGCCCUUCUGAGAUUUGUAUGGUUCAGAUAGUUCACUGCAUGAUAUUAUCAGCUAGGACUUUCAGUGAACACCACAAACAUAAUUAUCUUCUUCUUUAUCUUCUUCUUUAAAAAAAAAAUGUGUCUUGUUGAAAUGCCAUGCUUGCACAGUUUCUUUAUUUGGAUUAGUAUUUAUGAACAGGUUUGUUACCUUUUAAGUGAAUGUCAAUGCUUGUGAUCCGUAGUUUUGCAGCUGUUUGCUUCACUGCAUGUCAACGUGUGGUUUGUCUUGUUGCCCCUUUGCUCUUUCUUUCAAUUGAUGGUCGUCAACAGUGCACUUUUGGAAAUAAAUACGAUUUCAUGUCACUGAAAUACACUAUAGUGCAACACUUAUUCAUUUGUGUUAUUUGAGUGUAUUUGGGCUUAAUGCUCAAUAAAGAUGUAGAUGUUGUUAGACACAAUCAGCUGUACAUACUGCUUGAAGAAAUGCUACUAAAGAGAUCAUCUUAAGCAAUAUGCAUGAUCAAACCCAUGAUGUCGCUGCUCCUCCGGCAUCUUGUGCUGCUUCUGUUUAAGCCUAGAUCAUGAGAAGAUACAUUCUAGACAAUUAGGAACUUAUUUGUGCUUAAAUUCUUUGUGCUGUGUAACAGUUACUUUUUGAGAUCACAAUAAAAUAUCAAUGUAAUUAAACGA